AUGAACAGUUUGGUGGCUACACCACCUGUGCCUCCUCACCACUUCUACGAACCUUCUCGUCUCUCUCCUUCUCGUCCAAUGUCUACCCCAACCCACACGCCCAACCGCAAACGGAAAGCCGAUGAUGAUGGCAACGAUCACGAUGGCCGAAUGUCCGCAUCUCCCACUAACUCGCCUGCUUUCACUCCUCGAACCCUUCCAUCCAACCGACACCAUAUCAAGCGUGCUCGUCCAAAUGUCAGCGGGCGGCCUCUCUCCCUGCCCCGCUUGCUAGAGACCUUGGAUACCAAUGCUCUCCGGGGCGUUCUCCGCUCCAUGUGUGAGCGUCAUCCGGCCUUGAUGGAUGAGGUCAUUCAUACCGCCCCGCGACCCAGCGUAGCAUCCGCACUCCAGGUGCUUCGGAAUUAUCAGUCCAACCUUCAGUCAUCAUUCCCGCUGGGCGGCAGCUCUGAAUCAGAUUACGCCUACAACCGAGUCCGGCAGCCUUUGGGGAGUUUGUUGGACGCUCUCAGUGACUUUACACCACAUUUCCUUCCGCCAAACGAAACACAAGCCUCCGUAUCUUUGAGCUAUUUAGAUGGGGCAACCGACAUAAUCCACGCUUUGCCCCGGUGGCACACACCUCAAAACAAUCUAGAGCGGGACUCUGCGUACGACGAGAUUUGCAAGGCCUGGAUCUUGGUGAUUCGGGAGGCUGCCAAACGUGGCGGUGGUAUUCAGUUACAGUACGGUGGUUGGGAUCAGAAACUGGCAAAACACAACCAAAACUCCGGCGGUAAACUGCAGGCAGCCGUCAACGAGCUCGGUUCCAGCUUAGGGUGGAUGCACAGACCGGAUGCCCAAGGCUAUGGAAGCCCUGGAGGUAAUGACCUUGGAUCCAUUCGCGAGCAACUCUUGUCGGGCACAUACGGGCUCGGCACCCCAGUCAAGGUUGGGCCAUGGUAA